UGUUUCAAAUGUCCCAAGUGAAAAUCUUUCCCGUAAAAUAGGAUGUACCCAAUACUUCUAUCUUCUAUUUUGUCUUCUAUACCACCACUACAACACAACAAUUUCAUGUCCAUUGUGGACACUGGUCCAAAUUCAACUGAGUUGCUUGUCCGAUUUUCUUGUGGGGUCCGGUUUCCGGCAGGUCUACCGGUCCGGCAUAGUGGGUCCCGGCCCACCCGACCUAAACAUUAUAUUCUUACUCAUCUGUGCUUCAGUUUUAACACAUAAAAAUAAUCUAUCACUCUGUGGACAUAAAAAAAAUAUGGGUGUGGGUUUGAGGCUUGAGCGUGUAAACUGUGGAGUGUCUUUUGUGUCAGUGUUAUUUUUCUUUGGUUUUUUAAUUUUUUGAGUUUUAAUAAUUUUAUAUUUUUUUCGCCAAAUGCUUUUUAUGUUUUAUAUUGUUCAAUGAGUUUCUUAAUAAUUUAAUUAACUUGUUGAAUAUGGGCACAAGUACAAUGGGGAGUGAUUUGCAUUCUGAUAAGCAGGAUAAGCUUUUAAAGCUACAAGCUCGUAAGAAGGAACUAGAGCAGAUGCUAGCAGCUAAAAAUGAAGAACUAUACAAGUUGUGCGUGCAAGAAGUCCAAUUAACGGGAAUCAUGCCACCUGAAGCUCCCUUGAGUCCAGAAGUCCCACAAAGAGAAAGAUUGGGAAGUAUACGUAGUGUAGAUCGUUCCACAGAUGGUACUGAUGUACAAGAUGGUUGUGACAAAACCUCUAGGCGCCUCAAAGUAAAUGACAGACACGAAGCGGAGCAUAACUUGCGUAAGAACAUUUCUCACCGUCUAUCUACGCCAUCCAUCUCGGGUAUGUCUGGCAAGAGCGUUCAUUCUAGACAAGUACGACGUCCUGAGACAAGUUGUUCUAACUUUUUUCCUUCUCCACCCCAAGAGCGUAAUCCUGAAACAUUUUCUAUACACACUUCACACACCUACCCUGCUUUAGCCAAUCGUCAUGAUGGCCUACCCAGUGAAAAUAUUCAUGUUGAAUUACAACAAGGGCCAGCUUACCGUCAUCAUACAAUGGCUACUGAAUAUACUAAUAAAAUAUAUUAUAGCAAUACACCAUCUGAAGCUCAUAAUGUGUCUCGUUUACGAGAAACCCACUUUAGUUCCAGUCAUCCAGACAUAACUACUCAUUAUACACAUGGAUCAAUUGCCCAGCAUACUAUUCCUCAGCAGAAUAGCAUGCGUAGUACACCUUUAUUAUAUCAGUAUGCAUCACAAUUAAAAGCACAGAGCCAGCAUUUAGGAGCUUUAAAUCAUCACCACCAAAUGCAAGCACAGCCUAAGAGAAGAAAUGAAGGUGUUCGACGAAAUACUUUACAGAGAACCCAAACAUAUCACCUUACAUCACAUAGUGAUUAUAACCACCAUUUAGAAAAUAUGUCUGAGGGCUAUCGCCCCCCAGCACCAGUUUACCAACACAGAUCACAACCAGAUAUACAGGAACCACCAAUACCCAAACCAAUUGAAAGAAAUAUACCUGUACCAAAUACGCUGCCCUUACGUGAACGAAAUACAAUUAAAAAUCCACUCUAUCUACAGUUACAAGUAUCAACUGAAGAUUAUCUUGAUGAGAGUCGACAAUACAUUGAUCCUUUAAGCCCAGUAAGUCAAAUGUCUGGUUAUUCCCAUAAUUUUGAUUCUGUUAGUAUGAACAAAUUCUCUCCACUCUCCCAGGAUUCUAGGAAAGAAAAGCAAUGGUAUGAAACAUCUCUGGAUUCUCCCACUCGAGAGCCACCUAUGCUUAAAAAGAGUGCAAGCUUAAAGCGUAGUCCUAGCUUAGGAAAUUCUCAACCAUAUGAAAUUAUGAUUUCUUCUGGACGUCACAUGGCCAUGCAUAGUCCAAACCACACACCAAACAGCCCACCAGUAAUGUCACCUGGUGCUAUCUCUUUAGAAUCACCCAAAAACUUGACUGUUAUUGAACAGGGUAAAUGUAUACCAUAUAGAGAAGAGACAAAACCAUUUGAAAUGUCCGAUUUUUAUAAAUAUUCUACAAAAUUUCGUCAGUCAAAUGUACAAAAGCCACCACCACCCCAACCAGUUCAAAACUUGAAUAAUAUGUAUAAUAAAUUGCCAAUGGAGUUGCCACAAUAUAGUCAAGAAAAUUGGCAUCCUAGCAACUAAUGAAAUCACUUAACUUAUACAUAUUUCAUGAUUAAUUGUUAUGAAUUAUAGUUAGUUACUCUUGCUAAUAUUUAAGUACUUAAGUCAAAACAGUCCAGAUCUCCUUUUUAUAUUUGAUUCAAAUGAGGUAAUUUUUAAUGUCUUUGAGUUAUUAAUAUUAAAAUCAAAAUAGACUGUGAUAGACAGACAUUUAGUAUUAAUUGUUUAUUUUUAAUGAUCAGCAAUUAAAUCAAUAACAAAGUAUAUAUUUCAUGUUACAUUUAUGCCUAUGAAGAAAACAAUGUUUAAUAUCUCCUCUUACAUUAUAAUCUGGUGGUUAUAAAUCUGUAUUGCUGUCGCAGUAUGAAGUUACAGAGUAAAGGGGCUGAUGUUGAAUAUAAAUUUAUCUAAUUUUACUUAUGAAAGUAGCAUAGAAAUUUAUUGCUAGGACAUGGACAACAUUUUUUUGAGCUUGUUUUAACAAAUUGUAAAGAUAUUAAUAUGUUUUUGAUAAUCAACCCACCGCUGUUCAAACUUAGCCAUUUUAUAUCUUGCAAUUUAAUAUGUAAUAAUGUUUGAUCUCUCUUGUUUUCUCUAUUUUUAGUGUCUAUAAAUUACAUUUGUUUAUGUUACAAAACAUGGAUUCAAUACAUUCUUGUCAAUUAUGAGACAAUCAAUUAUGAUAAUGUGUUGAUGCCCUAUUUUAAAUAUUUGUAUUAUGGCCAAAUUUUUGUAAUAUCAUGUUAUGAUAUUGAAUUUUAAUUAAGACUACGUUCUCCUUGGUAUAAUGACGCAUAUCUUUUGCCCCAAAAAGUUAUGCUUUAAUAACAUUCAUAAAAUAUAAUAGACGAGUGCCUCUUAAUGUGAAAAUUCAAAUGCUGUUUUGAAUUUCAAAAGUAGGAAGUAUAUAAGUUUAGUGAAUAUAUUGCAAGCUCUACAUUUAAGCUUAAUUACAUCACAUAUUUAACUUAUUUGAUGGACAUAUAGUGAAUCACAAUUGUUUAAAUAACAAAAACUUUAUAAACAGGCAUUUGCAAACCUAUACAAAAGUCUUAAAAUUUUAUAAAAAAAAAAAAUAGUACAAUAACAUGGACUUAGAACAUAAUUAGUGGUUUUAAAAUUAUUUGAAUGGUCUUGGAGACAGUUAUUUUCUAUAUAUAGUUCAUUGAUAAGUUCAAAACUAGAGUGCCUUGUAUUUGCUUAGCAGAAUUAGUUAUAUUUGUCAAAUAAAAGACUAAUAACACUUGCCAAGGAAAGCUCAUACAUUCUCUGGCAAUGUCCUAUUUUAAAAUAUGACAAUAAUUGUAAGCAUUACAUGAAAUACUAUGUAGUUAAUAUAUUAAAUAUGUUUUAUAGCAAUUGUAAAUUGCAAAUUGGCUAAACUAUAAGGAGUUAAUAUUUUUGUACAUUGGGAUGAAGUCAGUGCAAGAGCACAAUUGUAUUUUAAUAAAUGGUUUUUUUGAA